AUGGCACCCAACAUCAAUCUUCAGCGCGCUCGUUCGCCGAGCAACAGCCGCCGCAGACAACUUAUCCUACCUGCAAUCCUCCAACACAUCCAGGACGCACGCAGCAAACCGACCACGAACGAACACAUCAACCACUCUGUCAGCAUGUCACCAUCCAUCGACCUCUCUGACCUCUCCGACGCGCUCGAGUCGCCCAUCCCAUCAGACACACACAAGCAGAUGGCCAAAGUCAGAGGAGUCCGCUUCAACAACAAAGUCAGCAUCGUCGAGAUUGAAGUCCCCGAGCGCAUCCAAAGCCAGCGCGUCAGCUUCAGCGACCAAGUCAUCGAUAUCGACACUGCAGAAUCCGCGCAUCCAUCUCCAUCGUCCAGUCCUCCUAGGAAGCGUGUUCGCUUUGGCUGUCUCAAGACCAGCGUGCGCAAGCAUCUCUCGCAUACUUCUAUCUACAAGAUGAAGAACUUUGAUGCCAUCAGCCCUCUCAUGACACCUAAGAAGAGAGUUCGCUUUGGUUGCAUGAAGGGCGAGGCUCCUGCUGUAACUCACACCAACAGCGAAGUGGAGGAGUUACUUGCUGAGGAGGCUGCUACCUUCAAGCGUGAGAAGAGAAGAGGAUCGACUUCGGAUGCUGACAGCGAGAUGUCCGAGCAAACGACUGAUUCCGAAGACAUCGAGGUGGAUUGA